AUGGAAGAGGACGUCUUAAGUUUGAGGAAACAACUUAUGGAAAAAGACAGAGAGAUUGCUUUUUUAAAAGGCAAAAUUGAUCAGCUCGGAAAGGAUAGCGAAUCGUUGAGGCAGCUACAGGAUAAAAUCACACUCCAUGCCCCUUUGAAACCAAAGGCAUCGUUAACCAACGCAGACAUCAUGCGAUACAGUAGACAACUUCUCUUACCAGAGCUGGGUGUGCAAGGCCAGCUGAACCUCUCAAAGACGUCAGUGCUGGUAGUUGGAUGUGGUGGACUGGGGUGCCCACUUGCACAAUACCUUGCUGCUGCUGGAAUAGGACGAUUGGGGCUGUUGGACUAUGAUGAUGUGGAGCUGAAUAAUCUUCAUCGUCAGAUUCUUCACACAGAGCAGGGUCUGGGUCAGCCCAAAGCCCUGUCUGCAGCACAGGCCCUCAGCAGGCUUAAUUCUGCAGUUGAGUGCAUCCCCUAUCAUCUCCAGCUUUCGCCUGAGAAUGCCCUGGAACUCAUCCAACAGUAUGACAUUGUAGCCGACUGUUCAGACAACGUCCCCACGCGGUACCUCGUGAACGAUGCCUGUGUUCUGACCGGGAGACCGCUGGUUUCGGCUAGCGCCUUACGCAUGGAGGGACAGCUAACUGUUUAUAACUACAGAGGAGGGCCCUGCUACAGGUGCCUGUACCCUAAACCCCCUCCACCUGAGACUGUCACCAACUGUUCUGAUGGUGGAGUUUUAGGCGUAGUGCCAGGGAUCAUGGGGUGUCUUCAAGCUUUGGAAGUGCUGAAGAUUGCUUCAGGCCAAGGAUCUUCUAUUGAGCAGCAGCUGGUGAUGUUUGACGGACAGGAAACUCGCUUCCGUUCCAUUCGUUUGCGGCCAAAGCAGGCGAGCUGCGCAGUGUGUGGGGAGACACCAACAGUGACAGAGCUACAGAACUAUGAGAGCUUCUGCGGCUCUGCAGCUACAGAUAAGUGUAGAAGACUGAAUCUUCUCCCCAAGGAACAAAGGAUCACUGUGCUGGAAUAUAAAUCCAUUCAGGACAGCUCAGCUCCUCACCUCCUCCUGGAUGUUCGUCCUUCAGUGGAAGUGGACAUUUGUCACCUCUCCCAUUCUCUCAAUAUUCCACUGGCUAGUCUAGAGAACAAGAAGAGUGGAGAUAUUGAUCAACUGAGGGAGAAGAUCAGUGCGUUGAAGACACAGAUGAAAACUGACCUUGAAGUGCCAGUGUUUGUGGUAUGUAAAUUGGGGAAUGACUCCCAGAAGGCAGUGCAGAUGUUGGAGAAGAUGUCUGGAUGUGAGCUGGAGCGUAUCUCUGUAAAAGACAUCUGUGGAGGUCUGAUGGCCUGGGCACAGAAAAUCGACCCCUCCUUUCCCCAAUAUUAGAUUACCUCUCAUUUACUGUUCAUAUUUGUA